AUGUCUGAGGUUCGAACAAAUAACUACGUGGCAACGAUUGCUAUUCAUAGUGCACUGUUACGCAACAACCCUUCCCAAAGAACCAUCAAGAACGGCGAGGGGCUGAGAGCUGAAUGUAAACAGCAUCAAAGGGCUGUGUCUCACAAUUUGUCGACCCUUGAUUGGGCACGUAACGCCAGCGCACCUGUCACCUUCGAC